AUGAGGCGGAAAAAGCCUAUACCGUUUACGCAAAAGUUCCCAAAUGCAGAUCCACUUGCACUAAGUUUGUUAGAGCGAAUGCUAGCUUUUGAGCCAAAAGACAGGCCAAGUGCUGAAGAGGCUCUUGCUGAUCCUUAUUUCAAGAAUAUAGCAAAUGUGGAUAGAGAGCCUUCUGCACAGGCUGUCACAAAGCUUGAAUUUGAAUUCGAGAGGCGGAGAGUUACAAAGGAAGACAUAAGGGAGCUCAUAUAUAGGGAAAUUCUUGAGUAUCAUCCAAAGAUGCUAAGGGAGUUUCUUGAGGGAACUGAGUCAAGUGGUUUCAUGUACCCAAGUGCAGUAGAUCAUUUUAAAAAGCAGUUUGCAUACCUUGAAGAACAUUAUGCCAAGGGAUCUACAGGAACUCCACCUGAGAGGCAACAUAAUUCAUUGCCACGGCCAUCUGUUGCCUAUUCAGACAACCGAUCACAAACCACAGCUAACAUCACCGAGGAUCUUUCCAAGUGUAUAAUCAGAGAAAAUACACAGAAGACACAUCAAUAUUCUGCUUCUAUUGCAAGUAAAUUUCCACCCCAUGUUCCUCACGGUGAUGUUGCAAGGCCUGGUAAAGCGGUUGGUUCGGUGAUGCAGUACAACCCCUAUCCAGCAUCUGCUGCCGAGCAAUAUGAGCAACGAAGAAUUGCUAGGCACCCAGCAGUUGCCCCAAACAAUAUCCCUUCUGGAAGCUCAUACCCGAGAAGUCAGACCUGCAAGAGUGAGACAGGUGAUGCUGAAAGGAUGGAUGUGAACCAAUCUGGGCAGCCAAAGCCAUAUGCAGCGAACAAAUUACCAGCUACCGUUGAUGGUCGUGGUGGCCACUGGUGCAUUCAAGCCAUUAGGCUAGCAUUUGAGGAAACUCCAGCAUGGAGGUGUGGUGCUGUUAGUCAAGGAGAAAGUAAGCAGCCUGAGCUAUAUUGGUUGAGGGUGGCAUUGGGGCAAAUCUGCACAGGCAAUCUGAAAGAUGUCCCAUUCAUUGUCUUGACUCUUGAAGAAAUACUUGGCCCUCUGAUCACAGUGGUGUUACAGUAUUAG